AUUUCUUCAAGUCCAAUCGAUUCGCAGUCUUCAAUAAAGCUCUUAAUGAAUUUACUCGAAGACUUUCGUAAGCGGUCUCAGAAAUAUGUAGUUGUAAUAUUAUCUAUUUAAAUUUCUAAAAAUUGUAGAAUUGAUUUUUUUUGUAAAGCUAUCUCUGAAUCUAUAACAUCUAGGCAAAAUCUAAACCCUUUAUUGAAUGGAGGAUAGUAAACAGUUUCAUACAUAAUCAGUUUUUGUUUUUCAUGCAGGUUUGUUGGUUCAUCAGUUAUCAAUGAUUGAUUUUACUCAAAAUCGAUCAAUUUCUACACGCAUCACUAAAACAAGAGCUGAUAGAAAAAAUCUGCCAAAUCGAGUUCAGGACGCCAAAAUAUUCCAAAAACAGUUAUUCAAACAUAUGCUCAAAAAAUUUCGAUUUCUUGUUGUUAUUAUUUACACUCUAUUACACAACUAUUUCGAUAAAUUUGAGCUUCCCAAAUAUUGGGUGGCCCGAGAUUCUAUAAUUCUACGAAAACUGGACUUUUUGGACUUCCUUGAAAUUUUACAAAGUUUUUGUAUGUGUAUGUAUCCAUCAUGGGUGCGCGGAUUCACCGCAGUUCUGCUAAAGAAAAGAAAAUUUUAUCAAAAAAAAUCAUUAGAAUAAAAAGUUAUGGAGGGACAAAGUCGAAGUGACGAAGACAUUCUCUAGGUAUACUUUCCAUAAAUCAUUUUAUCACAAACAUUUAGCAUGUUAAUGUUAUGUUAGGUCAUAUCAUUAUCUAAUUCAUUCCAUUUUCAUAACUUAUGUGUACUCAUCAAUUUGUUCCAACAGUCAACUGGUUCCACAAAAACAUUCGCCUCAGAAAAAUGCUUCCAUCAAACCGUAAACCUUCGGAGGCAUAGCACUAGCUUAUGAAAAAUAAGUAGGUACCAAAUUUAUUUACAACCUUGCUGUUUUACCAUUGGUAAGUGGUACAUCAACAAAUGAGUUAAUCUAGAAGCAGCAAACAGGCAAAACAUCUACAUUUCAACGUUGGGACGAAAAAUCGUCGUUCCUGUAGUGCGGAAUGGUUAGCGUAUCAUCUUAUGAUUGGUGUUUUUGUAAAGGGGUUUGUACGAAAGGAAGAAGAUUCGAUGAUAGUGCUUUUGAGUGUUUGGAAUUAUAUUUAAUGGUGCUUAUCAGAUAAAAGAAAAUCUGAACAUUAUACGCAGGGGAGGAAUGGAAUUGGGAAGUUAUUCUGAUAGUGCCCUCGGUUCGAGAAUUCGGUGGAGGGAAAUGUAGGUGAUUCAGUUAUGUGAUAAGAAGGGUUUCCACGGGAUGGGAAGGGAAAAGGGGAGUGAUGGAGACGGACAUUCCAACGGCGGGCUUCAGGAGCAUAAUCGAACGUGCAUACCCCAUCGACAUAGCGCCAACUGUACGGCCACUGUAUAACAAGAAAAAGCAAUAUUUCUGCAUUGAUCCAACCAAGUCUGGGCAAGAAAUACUCGUCGGGGAACCGGGUUGAAUGCCUGGGUACUACGUGAAGAAAUGGCAUUUCGGUGAAGCAAGAACUAUUUGUGCCGGAAGGGAAGAGCGGGGUAUAAAUGCUCAAAUAAAAAUCGAUAAAGAAAAUUACAGUGAAAUCAAAAAGCCAACGAACUGUGAAAUCGUAAAAGGGGUAUCCAAAUGCUAAAUUUGUAGAGGGGGGCAAUCGAUUCGUUGAAAUGUGCGGUAUCUGGCUCAAAAAAUGUGCAACGGUGUUUGUGAAAAAAAAUCAAUAGCUGACGAUCUACAUCCUAUUUGUUGGGUUGUUAAAUCAAGUGUUAUCUGCUUCAUUCAGUUUCAGAUAAAUGAUCACGAUAGCAAUAAGGGGAUAUAGUCUUCAAGCAAAAAAUAAAAGUGCAACGUCCAAUCGCGAAUCAGAGUUUCAAACGGUGUCUGCAGUGUCCUGAAUUGGUUACGAAGUUUUCAGUUCGAAACGGCGUGAUGCGUUUCCUUGAUACAUCGUGAGGGUAAUCAACCCGAAAGGAAGCAAAUCCUUCAUCUGCUGCCACAAGCCAUAAGAUCAUAAGGUCUUGAGGAAGCUCACCCAGCAAUCGUUGUUGUACAGUGUUUAUGAUUUUGGGUUAAUCCUCCGUUGUGUGCAAUCAUUCGAUCCUUAUCGUCGUCAAUUCUUGUUCUUGUGACACGGUCAUCGAGAAAGAGAGAGCGAGAGAGCUGCACAUAACCGCUGGGAAUGUGCGUGACGAUCUCACUGUUACUGGGUGGUGUCCAUUUUUCGAGGAACUUCAAUCGAUCAAAGAUUCGGAAUCGAAACUCAAACAGCAAUAUGCCGAAUCUCAGCGCCGGGAACGCAUCCUUGCCCGGCGGCUUGCCGUCAAGGAGCAGGAAAUGCAAGACUAUGCCAGUCAAAUUGCCGAGCUUAAAGCAGCACAGGCUCCGGGCCAAGCUGCCCUCCGAUCAGCCCUUCUCGAUCCGGCCGUCAAUAUUCUGUUCCAGAAACUCAAAGGUGAACUCCAGCAGACCAAGGCCAAGCUGGAGGAAACGCAGAACGAACUUUCGGCAUGGAAAUUCACACCGGAUUCGAACACCGGAAAACGGCUGAUGGCCAAGUGUCGGCUGUUGUACCAGGAAAACGAAGAACUCGGCAAAAUGACGUCCAACGGCCGAUUGGCCAAGCUCGAGGGUGAGCUGGCUCUGCAGAAGAGCUACAACGAGGAGGUCAAAAAGUCACAGUUGGAACUGGACGACUUCCUACAGGAGAUGGACGAAGACGUCGAAGGCAUGCAGAGUACGAUAGUGUUUUUGCAACAGGAGUUGAAACACACAAAAGACGAGAAGGAGAGCCUCGAAAAGGAAGUGCUCCAACUUCGAUCGUACGUGAACGGCGUGAGUGGUGGUGGUGCUAGUGCUGGACUGGAAGAUGGAACCGAUCCGUCAUCCUUCCAGCAGCAGCAGCAGUUGGUGAACGGCAGCAAACUGAAGCUAAACUCGGCGGCGAGCAAUUGUCCAAGUGGUGGGGUUGGUGUUGUUGGGGGGCUUGUUGUUGGUGAUCAACAGUCGGAAUCACAGUUUUCAGUUUAUCAGAAUCGGACGCACUGUGUCGGUGGUGGCACUGCUACUUCCGGUGGCAAUGCCGACGUUUUACAGAACGGUGGUUGUGAUGACAAUGAGUUGGGCGAGCAAGAAUCUGCCGGUCAGAAUAGUAGUAGACUUUGCGCUAGUAAAAAGGUGAACAGUCGGACUGCUAAAAGCGUUGGUGGCAAGAAGCGAAAUUACCAGGAAGAUCCGGACGAUGAAACCGGUGUUGGUGGUGAAGAUGAGGAAGAUAGUGGUCACUACGAGGACGGUUCUAAUAAUGGCAAAAUGUUGGCCCCUGAUAGUGAUCUGGCGCAUGACUCCGAGGAACCAAGCGUCCUCAGCAGUAGCAAUAAGCGAAUGACCCGGUCCGGCAAAGGUAGCAAAAUCGCUCUUGGCAAACCGAUUGUUAGUGUGAAGAAGCUCCGAAGGGCUUCGGUCCUGUCUGGUGAAGACGACGAAAUGGUCGAAGGAUCCAACGGAGCGAACUAGUUCAAUCCCACCUCAAAACAAAACGAAAAAUACCACCCCAAAAAAACAACUUCACCUUCUCGCGGGUGAGUUGAACUAUGAGAAAUCAACAUCUUUUGGCAGGGUGUGGCGUACUGUUUUUUAAUUACUGAAAUAUACUGUCCUAAAAAAAUAAUCGCAAACAAAAACAGGCUAGAAUUAGGCAAAAGCAGCAAUUAAAAGGCAUCCGAAAUCUUCUAGGAAAUUACUCAACACACAGAUUGAAAUUAGAGCUAUAAGUUUAAAACUUUACAAUAAUAAUUAUUGUACAUGAAGUGAGGUAACAAAAAAAAAGUAAGCGCAAUCCUAGGUCAAGGCAAAAACAUCAAACUAUAGUGAAAAGCAAGAAAAAAAAACUUAUAAACAAAUACCGAAUAAACCUAGACGAACUGAGAUCGUACGUGAAGUAUAUGUGAGAAUUCGCAGGAAGAAAAACAAAACACGAAACUUAAAAAUCUCACUGUGCAAAACGAGUGGAAAGCUGAUUGUAAAAAUAGUGAAGCAAAGUUGAAAACAUAAAAAAACAUAAAACAAGAUGAACCAAUAAAAUAACAAAUAAUGAUAAAGUUUACGACAACAUAGCUAAAGCUGCGGGGUUCAAUCUGAUUCUGAAGAGAGAAAAACCGUAGGUAUUUUAAACCAACUGCUGAGAGUAAACCGUAUUUUUUUUAAGUAAUGCGAACUACCCCCUUAAAGAACGUCCUUUCUAGAAGCGAAUCAGAUCAGAUCAGAACCUUCGACGGGCGGUUAUCACCGUUAUAAUACACAGCUAGCUGCAGAAACAAAACCAGACCGGAAACUCUAACGAAAAAAACCCUUUAACAACCAGAAAAAGAAAAAAAAUAAAACAAAGAAACCCGAUAAGAAAUUAUGUUCGAAGUAAGUGGAGCAUUGUGUAAUUUAAAUUAUUUCGAAACAAUAGAGUUAAAUUAUUCAUACAAGA